CCCCCCACUGCUCUGCUCCGGCCAGCCUGUCCCCUCGCCGUCACGAGCUGGGCAGCCGCGCCCACACCCGACCAUCGGGGGAGCGGGGAGCCACGCGGGAGGAGGGCCGCGGAUCGGGAUCUCGCGCCGCCCCUUUCGCCGCCGGCACUGCUACAUUGCGUGGGGGAGGAGAUGUGGCGGCUGAAGAUCGCGGAGGGGGGCGGGGACCCCUGGCUGCGCACGAAGAAUGGCCACGUCGGCCGCCAGGUCUGGGAGUUCGACGCCGCCGCCGAGCCCGACCCCGCCGUCGACGCCGCGCGCCGGGCCUUCGUCGAGCGGAGGCACGACCUCAAGCACAGCGCCGACCUCCUCAUGCGCCUCCAGUUCGCUAAGGAAAAUCCUCUUAACCUGGACCUUCCCGCGAUCAAGCUGGACGAGCAUGACGAUGUUACGGAGGAAGCCGUGGCAACUACUUUGAAAAGGGCAAUCAGCCGUUUUUCUACUCUCCAGGCACAUGAUGGACACUGGCCUGGGGACUAUGGUGGCCCUAUGUUCCUUAUGCCAGGCUUGAUCAUAACAUUGUAUGUGACUGGAGCACUAAACACUGUCUUGUCAUCAGAACACCAGAAGGAGAUCCGCCGAUAUCUUUAUAAUCAUCAGAAUGAAGAUGGCGGCUGGGGCUUGCACAUAGAGGGUCCAAGCACCAUGUUUGGCUCAGCACUGACGUAUGUUAUUUUGAGAUUGCUUGGAGAGGGACCGGAUAGUGGAGAUGGAGCCAUGGAGAAAGGCCGAAACUGGAUUUUAGACCAUGGUGGAGCAACAUUUAUAACAUCAUGGGGAAAAUUUUGGCUCUCGGUAAUUGGUGUGUUUGAAUGGUCUGGUAACAACCCAGUGCCACCAGAAGUGUGGCUGCUACCAUAUAUCCUGCCGUUUCAUCCAGGGAGGAUGUGGUGUCAUUGCCGAAUGGUGUAUUUGCCAAUGUGUUACAUUUAUGGGAAGAGGUUUGUCGGCAGAAUCACGCCACUUGUGUUGGAAUUAAGAAAGGAACUCUUCAAAGACCCUUACAGCGAGAUUGAUUGGGACAAGGCCCGCAACCAAUGUGCUAAGGAAGAUCUGUACUAUCCACACCCAUUCGUUCAAGAUGUCUUAUGGGCCACACUCCAUAAAUUUGUUGAACCAGUUAUGUUGCAUUGGCCUGGGAGCAAAUUGAGAGAGAAAUCUCUGGAAACUGUCAUGCAGCACGUUCACUAUGAAGAUGAGAACACUCGGUACAUUUGCAUUGGUCCUGUAAACAAGGUAUUAAAUAUGCUUGCUUGCUGGAUUGAAGAUCCAAACUCAGAGGCAUUCAAGCUCCACAUUCCGCGAGUCUAUGAUUUCUUGUGGCUUGCUGAAGAUGGCAUGAAGAUGCAGGGUUAUAAUGGCAGCCAGCUUUGGGAUACAGCUUUCACAGUUCAAGCCAUUGUGGCUACCAACCUUAUUGAAGAGUUUGGUCCCACCCUUAAACUAGCACAUGACUAUAUUAAGAAUUCACAGGUUCGUGAUGACUGCCCUGGAAAUCUGGAUGACUGGUACCGCCACACAUCUAAAGGUGCAUGGCCAUUUUCUACUAGCGAUCAUGGUUGGCCUAUAUCAGAUUGCACUGCAGAAGGACUGAAGGCCUCAUUAUUGUUAUCAAAGAUAUCUCCUGAAAUUGUUGGCGAAUCUCUGGAAGCUAAUAGAUUUUAUGAUGCUGUCAGCUGUCUGAUGUCUUAUAUGAAUGAUAAUGGUGGUUUUGCGACAUAUGAACUCACAAGGUCUUAUGCCUGGCUGGAGCUUAUUAAUCCUGCUGAGACCUUUGGGGACAUUGUGAUUGAUUACCCGUAUGUUGAAUGUACAUCAGCAGCGACUCAGGCCCUGACAUCAUUCAGAAAGCUCUACCCUGGGCACCGCCGGAAAGAGGUUGACAACUGUAUCAGCAAAGCUGCUAGUUUCAUCGAGAGUAUUCAGAAAAGUGACGGCUCAUGGUAUGGCUCUUGGGCUGUUUGUUUCACCUACGGCACUUGGUUCGGUGUGAAGGGAUUAGUUGCUGCUGGUAGGACAUUUGAGAACAGUCCUGCAAUCAGAAAGGCAUGCGAAUUUCUGUUAUCAAAAGAGCUUCCUUCUGGUGGUUGGGGAGAAAGCUAUUUGUCGUCUCAAGACCAGGUUUACACCAAUCUCAAAGGCAAGCGAGCUCAUGCAGUGAACACUGGUUGGGCCAUGCUGGCACUGAUUGGCGCAGGACAGGCUGAGAGAGAUCCAACACCUCUACACCGAGCAGCAAAGGUUUUGAUCAACAUGCAAUCAGAGGAUGGAGAAUUUCCUCAGCAAGAGAUCAUUGGAGUCUUCAACAAGAACUGCAUGAUCAGUUACUCCCAGUACAGGAACAUCUUCCCAAUUUGGGCUCUGGGAGAGUACCGGUGCCGAGUCCUGGGCGCUGGCAAGCAGUAGUGUCCCACUGAAUGGCUCUAUGUUGUCGCUCUACCUCGCCACGCGUUGCCACGCGGACUGUCUUGCUGGGAUGUCUCGUGAAUCAGCUUCUGUGAGUCUAGUAGUUCGAAUAAUUAGCUACGUCACGUUUAGGGGCUGCCUUCCUAAUCCUAAUAAUGUAUAUUCAAGGUGGUUAAUAAUGUAGCUAGAUCCAGGUCAGUUUUAGGUUCUGUUGCUCCGUUCGUGUGCAACAGAUGUAUCUGGAGUUGCAUGGUGGACACUUAGACAAGUCUCGACACAGUUCUUGCAAUGUUAAGGCUGGUAGAUGUCUUGUGCCCAUGUAAUUUUUCUCAUGUCAGAGUCAAUCCUGAGCAAUGUUGGGAGAAGCAAAA